AUGACGAAAGGAUAUUCAUUAAAACAAGAUUUGAGAUUAUUAAUAAAUAAUCCAAAAUAUAGUGAUAUAGAAAUUUUAUGUGAAGAUGAAAAGAAAUUAUAUGGGUGUAGAGCAAUUUUAGCAGCAAGAUCCGAAGUAUUUGAUAGACUACUUUAUAAUGAGAUGAAAGAAAGUCAUGAAACCCAAAUUUCUUUUCCAAAAAUUCAUUCCAAUGGAAUGAAAAUUAUAUUAGAAUAUAUAUAUACGGGGUCAGUUAAAAAAGAAUCUUUAACAAAAGAUAAUACGGUUGAAGCUUUUUAUGCAGCAGAUUAUUUUCAAUUACUUGAACUACAAGAUUUUAUUAUAAAAAUUAUCAAAAAUACUUUGGAGAUGAAUUAUGCAAAAAAUUAUUCACCAGAAUUAUUAUCUAAAGUUGCAGAAAUAAUACCAUUAACAGAAGACAAUAUUCUUGCUAAUUUAUUGGUCAAAGAGGUGGCAUCUAUUACAUUAAAUGAUGUUAAUUUUGAUCGGUUGUCUAUUGCAGGUCUUAAAUAUCUUUUAUCUUUCACACGCGAGAAGAAAGAUAUACCCUUUGCAACUCGAGAGUAUGAAGUUUUUCGGUAUAGUGCAAUCCUAGCAGCAAGACAAGUUUCUGAUGAUGCAUAUAGAACUCUUAAGAAAAAGCUACCAACUUUAAAACAAAUGGAGAGUUGCUACGAUAUAGAAUUUGAAUUUUCUAUCGAUCAUCAAAAAGUCACUAAAGAAUUGGAGCCUUUUAUUAAAUUUAUUGACUUUAAUCAAAUUAAUGCUCAAACAAUAGCUGAUAUUAUCGAACCAUUAAAAAUUGUUCCAGACGAAAUAAUUUUUAGUGUUUAUCGACAUAAAGCCCUAUUAAAUAAUUUAGAUUUGAAUAAUAUUCGAGGAAUACCAAUUUAUAGAAUUAAAGAAUCUGAUCUUAUUUGGGAUGAGUCAGCAUGUGGACCAAAACUUAUUAUUGAGGAUAAUGGGAAAGUUGUACGUGCACCGAAUGAUCUUAAUUCGCAUCAAAAUGUUAGAGCUAAAAUGAUAUUAGAAAAUAAAGGUAUAUAUGAAUGGGAUAUAAUAUUUGAGAAAGUUGAAGUUGCUUGGGUUGGAGUAUGUGCAUCGGAAAAUUUUAAUUAUGAAAAAUAUGCAGGAGAUCAGCCUUCCGUUGUAUGGGUAAUUAGCACUGGUGGUAAUUAUAGAAAUAAAAAUUAUUGUCCUAAUUUUGGAAAUGAUGCAAAAAUCACUGUUCAUUUAGACAUGAAUAAAAGAGCUUGUACUUUUACAAUCAAUGGUAUAAAGUAUCUGGAGACAUUAGAACAUGAUGGCUUGCCAGAAAAACUUUAUCCAGUAGUGUCAUUGUCUCGUCCUGGGCGCAUUCGAAUUCAGGCUCAUCAAAAAAAUUUAAUAUAG